GGACGUAACUUGUCAGGAAGGGUUAGAAAGAACAGAGGUGGACUGCGUCUCCGAUCAAGCCACAAAAUAUCAACAAAUACCGUGGAAUUAACCCAAUUUUCUUCCCUUCUGGAUACUGGAUCUUGUUCUUGGGGAGGUUUUGGAGUCAAACAGCCGACCAGCGAUAGUUAAAAUCCUUCGAGCGAGGAGCUCCAACUUAAGUAAAGCCUCUAAUGUACUAAAACGAAACGGAAGUAACUUGCCAGCUGCCUGGCUAAGCUUUGCUAGUGUCUGAAUGUCAACUCUGUGGGUGAUGGAGUUGAGCAGGCAACUCUGUGGGAAGAUGAGGAAGUCCAGUAGGAAGACCCAAUUCUCCCCAUCUCCUACUUCCACUUCGGGCCUGGAGAUCCACUUUUACACAUCGGAUGUGAACCAGCUGGAGUACCUCUGUGGCUGCUACACUGCAGAGGAGCUCUGUGUGGAGGCUGCCAAAAAGGGCUCAAUCUCUCCCCUGUGCCAUAACCUAUUUGCCCUCUACAAUGAGACAACUGGCAUGUGGUACCCGCCCAACUAUGAGUUCAAGAUCACAGAUGAAACCAGGAUCAAGUUACACUAUCGCAUGAGGUUUUAUUUCAGAAACUGGCAUGGCACCACUGAAGAAGAGUCUCCAGUUUGGAGACAUUGCAUCAGUAAACUCAAAAGAGGACAUAGCCCACAGAAGACACCAGAAGGGACGCCCCUACUGGACGCUGCCUCUCUCGAAUACCUGUUUGCCCAGGGCCAGCAUGACUUUCAGAAAGGCGUGGUUCCACUGAGGGUGUCCCAGUCAGAGGCAGAGCAGCACGAGAUAGAAAAUGAGUGUUUGGGCAUGGCUGUUCUUGCUAUUACUCACACGGAUAUGGAUAUCUCCACUUCCAAUGAAAUCAGCUACAAACGCUUCAUCCCUGAGUCACUGAACCGCAACAUUAGGCAGCGCAACUUUCUGACACGCAUCCGCAUCAACAACGUCUUCAAGACAUUCCUCAGAGAAUUCAACCGCCGCACAGUCAGGGACAGCAACAUCACACCGUAUGACCUGAAGAUCAAGUACUUGGCCACACUGGAGGGCCUGACCAGUGGAUUGGGCAGCGAGGUGUUUCAGCCCAUAUCGCUUGGUGUAACGCAGGAAGGGGAUCUCUGCAAUGGAGGUUACUAUGGGUACUACAACCAGAGCCAAGGGCAGAAUCAGAGCAUGGAGACGAGCCAUGACAUGCAGGUCCUGAUUACUGGUACCACUGGUAUUUCCUGGAGAAAGAAGCCUCCUACAGUACCUGUGACCUCUAAAGAAAAGGCCAAGUCAAAGAAGAACAAACUGGAUGGAAAACAGAAAAACAACAAAAAGAAAGACACGAGUGAAGGCUGGGUGGUGUUCUGUGACUUCCAUGAGCUUACCCACACUGUCAUCAAAGAGGCAAUAGUCACCAUCUUUAGACAGGACAACAAGAGGAUGGAGUUGCAAAUGGCUUCUAGAGCUGAGGCGUUGUCCUUUGCGGCCCUUGUGGACGGGUACUUCAGACUGACAGUGGAUGCCCACCACUUCUUGUGCAAGGAGGUGGCCCCUGCUUCAGUGGUGGACAACAUUAACAACGGCUGCCACGGACCCAUCUGUACCGAGUACGCCAUCUACAAGCUGCGUCAGGAGGGCAACGAGGAGGGCACCUACAUCCUGCGCUGGAGCUGCACUGACUACCAGUACAUCAUCAUCACUGUGGUCUGCACUGAGCUCGACCUGAGGGAGUCUCGUCCUGUGCGUCAGUAUAAGAACUUCCAGAUUGAAGUGGGCAGCGAUGGGUUCCGCCUGUACGGCACUGAGACAUUUCGGAAAACUCUCGGGGAGCUGCUGGAACACCUGGAGGGCCAAAGUCUUCGCACUGACAACGUGCACUUCCAGCUGCUGCGCUGCUGCCCUCCACAGCCUCGAGAGGUUUCUAACCUGCUGGUGGUCACUAAAGAACGAGCACCAGCCCCUCAGACACCGACGUUGGAGAGUCCCCUCAGCUUCAUUCGCAUUCUCAAGGAGGAUAUUGAACAGGAGGAGCACCUUGGCCUGGGCACAAGAACCAACAUCUACUCGGGCACACUGAGGGUGAAGAGUGAGGAGGACGAGGAUGCAGGUUACUCAUCCUUCCAGGAGGUCAAGGUGGUCCUGAAGGUGCUGGGUUCUGGACAAAGGGACAUUUCCUUGGCCUUCUUCGAAACAGCCAGUAUGAUGCGACAAGUGUCCUACAAGCACAUAGUGCUUCUGUAUGGAGUGUGUGUCCGCCACCAGGAGAAUAUCAUGGUUGAGGAGUUUGUCCAGCUUGGACCACUGGACGUGUUCAUGAGGAGACAGCAGAGCCAACUCAGCACACCUUGGAAGUUCCAGGUGGCCAAGCAGCUGGCCGCAGCUCUCAGCUACUUGGAGGAUAAAAAGCUGGUCCAUGGCUUUGUGUGUGCUAAAAAUAUCCUGCUGGCCAGGGACGGACUGGGCACUGAUGAAGGAGGGCCUUUCAUCAAGCUUAGCGACCCAGGAAUCCCCAUUACCGUACUCACCAGAGAGGAGUGCGUGCAUCGUAUCCCAUGGAUUGCUCCGGAGUGUGUGAAGAGCACGUCUUCCCUGAGCGUCGCAGCUGACAAGUGGGGCUUUGGUACCACCCUGUGGGAGAUCUGCUAUGAUGGCGAGGUCCCCCUCAAAGAGAAGAAACUCACAGAGAAGGAGAGGUUUUAUGAAACAGAGUGCCAACUGGCCACUCCAGACUGCAAAGAGCUGGCUGAACUGAUGACCCACUGCAUGAACUACGACCCCAUGAAGAGACCUUUCUUCAGGGCUAUCGUCAGAGACAUCGACAUGCUGGAGGAAAAGAAUCCAUCUAUCAAACCCAAGCCUACACCAGAGGUGGACCCAACUGUGUUUGAAAAGAGAUUCCUGAGGAAGGUCCGAGAUCUUGGAGAGGGCCAUUUUGGUAAGGUAGAGCUGUGUCGGUAUGAUCCUCGGGGCGAUAAAACGGGCGAGCUGGUGGCAGUGAAGUCACUAAAGCCGGAGAACCGGGAGGAGCAGAGCACCAACCUCUCGCGUGAGAUCGACAUCCUGAAGGCACUCUACCAUGAAAACAUUGUCAAAUACAAGGGCAUCUGCCAAGAGGAAGGUGGCCAGGCCAUUAAGCUGAUCAUGGAGUACGUUCCACUGGGCAGUUUGAAGGAGUAUCUACCCAGACACAAAAAAGACACCAGCCUCAGCACCCUGCUCAGCUACUCCAUCCAGAUAUGCAAGGGAAUGGAUUAUCUUGGAUCUAAAAAUUACAUCCACCGGGACCUGGCUGCCAGAAAUGUGCUGGUGGAGAACGAGAGGACGGUGAAGAUCGGAGAUUUCGGCCUCACCAAGAGCAUCAAGGAAAAUGAGGGAUAUUACACUGUCAAAGAUGAAAACGACAGCCCUGUUUUCUGGUAUGCCCCGGAGUGUCUGACGCACUGUAAGUUCUACCUUGCCUCAGACGUUUGGUCCUUCGGGGUCACGAUGUACGAACUCAUCACCUACUGCGACUCCUCCAAGAGCCCGAUGACGCUCUUCCUCGGCAUGAUUGGUCGGUCUCAAGGUCAGAUGACUGUCAUCCGACUGGUGAAGGUGUUGACAGAAGGGAGGAGGUUACCACGUCCCGAGGGCUGUCCAGAGCCUGUGUACGAGCUGAUGCGCAAGUGCUGGGAGCAGUUGCCCGAGAGGAGAAUCACCUUUAAGCGACUCAUCGAGGAGCUGACCGUCAUGCAGCAGCAGCUCCACAAUGACAUUUAAACCUUUCCAACUGCUUGAGGCUCUGGGACUGAAGUUGACUUUGCAUGCAGACUUGGGACCAGAUGUAAAACUGACCCCAGAUCAGCAUUCGCUUGGUGCAGCUUCACAGUACUGAGAGACGGUCUUGAAGGGUCUGAGCUUGCAUGAAGCCACGCUCCUUCAUACUCACAUAUAAACCUUCCACAACUUUGGUAUAAAGUCUUGAAGUCCUACUCAACUAUCAUUUUAGUCUGCCAUAUUUCUAAGAUUUUUAUUUCAUGCUCUCAUAUGUCAUUAUUUGGAUGAACAUGUUAAUCCUUUUUAAAAUCAUGUAGCCUUAGCCCAUGCGUAUGUGACCUUAUAUCUUAUAAAGGACUUCCAAGUGUAUCUAACAGAUUUAACCGUCUGCAUUGCGAGAAAUGUCAAACUCCUGUGGACGCUCGUGUAGUGUGAAGGCCUUUAUAUUUGUGCGGACUCGUGGCCGUUGUCACUCUCGCUGAUGGGAAACGAGCACAGAAAGGAACUGUUUAAUGCCUGCUUUCACAUAGUUUAAAUGGUUGCGUAGGGAUUUUUCUCUGAGGAUGGAAUCAUGUUGAGAAGCGUUUGGAAGGAUGAGCUGAAGAAGACGGGACACAGGCAUUAAAGCAGAUACUGAAGAUGUGGUUUUUCAACGUUUUAUGUCGCUUGUUUCAUGGAGAAAAAAAAAAAUCGCCUGAUUGUUUUCUUUCAGAGAGCCAUGUAAUGACCUGUGAUAAAUGUUUGGAUGUUCAUCGUGUGCAGAUGCCAGCAAUCAGUCAGCAAUGUUCCUUUCACUGCGUUCUUAUUGUUUUAGAGUCUGACAAACAGUUUGUCAUUUUCGAGUUAAAAUGGUGAUUGAUUUUAGCCUCUCGUCUGUUGGACUAAACAAGCACUUGGAAGAAAAGAAAAAAAAUCCAAUUUUUUGCCCUGUGUUGAGCUUUUCGAGGUCCUCUGAUUGUUUGAGGUGAUUCUGUUUAUAAUCUUCUGUUCAUUAAAUAAUGUAAUGGAUCUUUAAUCAGGACCUGUAUGCAUCUGAUUAGUUGCAUCUGAAAUAUACAGCACUUGCUAAACCGUGUUAGUUGAGGAGUGAGAGAUUAAGUACCUGGGAGAGACACUUGAGGGCAGCAUCACUUCACUUGUCCCAGUUUUGUAGAUUGUGUUAAAGCCACAAAUACUUUAUAAAAUGUCUGUCUACUAUUCAUAAUGUUGCAAAAAAAGAGCCAUUUGCCAUUGCUGCAGAUUGUACAUGGAAGGACUUUAAAUGGUAUUCAUGGAUUGUGAGAAAGAAUAAUCAGUGAUUAUUCACUUGGCAUUUUAUGUUCAUUUGUUUCCAAAAAAUAUUAUUUCAUCAUACGGUUCAUAACUAUGUCUGUGCAUUUUAUUUGUAUCUUUUUAUUUUUAAUUCUCCAAUAUGACCCAACAUGUAUAAAUACAAUUUCAUGUGUGUAUGCAAAAUGGUUUGAGCAGAGGGUUUUUUCUGUUUUAAAUUCGACCGUUCAGUCAGACGUUGUCAAGACUUCCUCAAUGCAACUUAACGUAGCUUUUAAUGUGAAUGUUGGCAGAAAGGGAAAACAAAAGGGCCGUCAAGAAGACAAAAUUUGCGCUUCAGUCCACAAUUUAUUUAGGAAUGUAAAAGACAAUUCCUUCUGCUCAAAAUAAGAGAAAAGAAAUAUAUAUAUUUUUCAAAAAAAUAAGACAGAAUGAGUUAUGGAAGGUAAAAGUAUCCAUAAAUACACAAUGAAAAAAUAAAUAAAGUCAAUGUU